AUGAAAGCUCUCCUGCGUCGAAGUGCGAGGGAUUUGAAUUUUCCAUUCAAAAGCGUCUAAGGGCCGUUGCCGGAAGUUCAUCAAUGCAUACACGACAAGUAAGCAAGCAAAGAGUGCGCGUGUGGAUGUGGUCCCUUCCCCCUGAGGCUCCCUCUCUCUCUCUCUCUCUCUCUCUCUGACCCGUGACUCUAGACUGAUGUUGUCUUUCUUCAGCGCUAGCUGCACACAUGAAACCACGCAUCAAUCAGUCCAUCAAUCAGCGCCUCCCCCCCUCGUUGAUGAGUCUCACCUUGCUGGUAGAGUGGAGUUGGCUGUGUGCCGGCCCGCCCGUCUCCUUCCCCCCACCCAUGGGCUGCUGCAGCGGCCAUGCUGUCGGUUACGUGGAAUUUGCGUCGCUUGGGGAGGGUGGUGGCGAUGCACGGCUGUGACGUGUCAUCGCCCAUAUGGUUAGUGUGACAUCCUAAAACCGCCCGGAUCUGCAGCCGUGUUUGGGUUUCAGGGUUAAGGGUUUCAGGGUCCCGCGGCCGAGACACGCCCCCCCCCCGCCCCCGUUUCUACGAGCAGCCGUGAAGUCCUCAUCCCAUUGCUUUCAUCCCGUUGAUCGGAUGAUUCGGAUCCCGAUGGCUCUCUAUACCUGGUCGCUCUGCAUCGCCCCUGAUCCUCUGUCAGCUGUGUCAACAAGUCUCCUCGUCUCGUGUCGCGGAGGGGGAUCUGGUGAGCUGCUCACAACCGCCCAAGAACCUCCCUGAGGAGCCAAUCGACAUCAGGUGGAUAAGAACAGAUAUAGACGGUAUACCUUGCUGGUCUGGGCCGCUGCAAUGAAUGCAUCGAUUGCAGUUGUUCUGUGAAGGUCCCUGAGGCGUUCAGGAAGCGCAUCCAGGCGGACCUCAGGGACAGCCUGGAUGAAAGGGGCAAAGACACGCUCGGUGUAGUCUUGCGUCUCCGAGGUGUUGAGCCCACUCGACUAGUGGUGUCACUGCAGAAGGUAUGUAUUCCAUCUUACGUAACCAUACGACAACACUCAGACGUCUCCCUCAGGUCGAGGGGCUGGACGUGACAGGUGGUGACUGCCUUUUGGAAAUCGAUGGCUCGUGGUCGGGGCCGCGUACCUGCUACUUGGCUAGGUAUGUGCAUGAGUAUGUAUUAUGUGCAUGACCGAGAACACAAGCUGUCAGCCCUUUUAUGUAUUAUUGUGUCUCUGUCCAGUCUGAACAAGGCCGACAAGCUGAAUGGGAACACAAUGCUAGUGGGGAUGUUAUCAUGGAUUGACCAGUUUUCGCCUGCCUACAACUGCACAGAGGUGACAAUCUUUGACCUUAGCAGCAUCAAGGAGAUGUAUGUGCUCUCAAAAGGAGGUACGCGCAGAUGAUGCACAGGCUCUGACAUGCACAUCGAUCCAUUCAAUUCGUCGGCAUGUGCAUGUCACACUUCUACUAUCAAUCCUUUGGCUUCCAGCAUGCCCCUCCUACGGACCAAGACGGCAUCGAAGAAUGCAAGAAGAUGACCAGCUCUCUUUUUGACAGGAACGCGGACAUUCUUCCGACCGCCGAAUUCAAUCUCGUCAACAAAAUCCACAGGAUCUACAAGAGGAUCCUCGACGUCAACAUUAAUGAUGGCGCCGCCACACUCGAGCAACUCGAGCAGCUCCGCCGCAGAACGGUCGAGGGCGUAAAGCACGAGAGCCUGGCCGGGCUGCGCAUAGUGUUCGACGUCCUCAAGGCUUGGCCGAAAGUCGAAAAGAUGACUCGUGAGUGCGUGGAAAAGGGAGAGAGGAUUGCUGGCGGCCCGUGAAACCCCCAAGCCAAAGAGCUGCUGCCCCGUCUGGCCCCAUCAGUGACCAUCGACCGCAGCUACCCCCCAGGCAGCACGGCCCACCAGGUCAUUACAUGGACUCAGUACGCGCUCAGCUGCCUUGAUUGAUGGUACAAGUGUGUGUCUCUCUCCUGGUGUGUGUGUCACCAAACAGAUCAUGUGCCUCAUUCAAUCAGCCCAUCUGGUGCUCGUGACGAGCGAAGACAAAGAGGUGCUAAGAAAAGAGAUGGAGGAAAACCCGUCCCUCAACCUGCUCAGAUCCAGCCUCCCUGACGACGCGCAGUACUGCCUAUUCGUCGCGGAUGGUGUGCGGCAGCUGAACGACACACAUGCCUACAGCCUGGUGGAAGAGUUUGCCCCGGAGCUCCUGCAGGAGAGCGGGAAGAGGCAAAAAGAGGAAGCAAAAGACUGAUGACACUCAAGAGGAGGAAGCAAAGGAAGCGAGGAGAAGCAAGGCACAGAAAUAUCAAUGGUAGAAACCAUGAGACACGAAUCAUCCGGGCCGCAGACGGAUCGAACUCGACGGGCCACCUGCCUCUUCGUGCGGAUCAGCCAUGUACUGACCCACUUACGCGGUCCGGACUGUACAACAAGAGACAUAUGCAUACAAGCGUUUGACAUCAUGGAUGGAUGGAUGGAUGUCCCUUUGUCCAAAAACGUGACGUCGACAAGUGCAUGACGUAUUUGCCUACGUAAUCGUGCGUAAC